AUGGCCGGACCACCCGCGCUACCGCCGCCGGGACCAGCCUUCGAGGCCCGCAGGAGCAAGAUCCUCGCCCAGCUCGCCGUGCCCGACGCCGAGUACUCAGACGCCUCCCCCAAAGGCACCGUCGACGCGGGCAUCCGGCCGCUGCUAGACAACGUCAAUGCCGCCGCGGGCUUCGUGACGACAAGCAGCUGCGCGGGUCGCGUGAGCGUCUUUGUCGAGGGCCGCAAAACGGCGGCAGCGGCGGCGGCGGACGGUGAGCUGGGGACGGUGGCUGGCCCGGGGGGCAAGGGCGGCGGCGGGACGUGGCUGUACGUCUCGCACGAUCCGCACCCGCUGGUCGGACAGGGCGUCGUGGUGGACUGGGUCAAGGAGCUGGGACUUUCGGGGGAGCACGGUGAUGCGGCGGUGCUGGAUGCUACGGGCGGGUUUGGUGUUGGCGGUGAUUCGGAGCGUAGACUGAUUCACUUCAAGUUUGAGCCAAUGCUCCUCCUACGAUGCGCCCUCCACGCCGGCUUCCGCGAAUCCGGCGCCGUCAGCCUCUCCCCCGCGAGCGGCGAGCCGACCGCGACCGCCACGCCCAUGGUCGCCGUCCGCUCCAUGGGCCUGGGCUUCGAGUCUCUCGUAGGCUACGCCAGCGGCGACGGACAGCGGCUGCUCGUGCCGCCGGGCUAUCUCGACACGCUCAUGGCCGUCGCGCAGGAGCGGUUCGCGGAGAAUGCGCGGCGGAUACGGCGCUUCGAGGAGGCGUUCCGCGAGGCUGCGGAGCCGCGAACGAGCUCGGAAGGCGGCGGCGUGUGGGAGGACGCGGCGGCAAGGAGGGAGAGGAUGCGCGCGGAGGGGUUGCGCCGGAAGGCGGCGGUGCAGGCGGAGAGAGGCAGCACGGAGGAGGAUGUAGGGAUGGAUAUAGACCUGACAGGGUCAAUAACAGACUAA